AUGGCGCGCGAAGCAGAGGGUGGCACAGCGGGAGCAGAGCUGGGCUGGGAAUCCCCCUGGGCACGUGUUGGUGCCAUCCUGAGCUCCAGUGAGCCAGCUGGGCCUGGCUCAAGUGGGAUUAAAGCCCUGGAGACGCCUCAGCAGGAGGAUGAGCCUUUCUGGAUUCCUGCUGUCACCUCACUUGUCACCUUGAUCCUCUACCCUCUCCUCCUGCUGGCCCUUUACACCAUGCUCAGCAGGAAGAUUGCUCCAGCCUCAGAGCCAGGAGGGGACGCGGCACAAAAACACCUCAGGGCACAAAAACACCCCGGGACACAAAAACAGCCUGGGACACACAAACCAUCACCAGCCUAUGAAGGGAGCAGUGACACAUCCUCAGACACCUCGGAGGACUCAGACAACCCUUCCUGCCCUCAGGGCCCUGGCUCAGGGGAAACCAUCAAUUACACAUCCCUGGUGUUCCCAGGGAAAAGCCACGAGCCAGGCUCUGCCCAGGACUACGAGAACGUGAAGACUGGGAUGGAUUAUGUCAACGUGGACCCAAAGAAGAGGAAAACACAUUUCUGGCCCUUCUCCAGCCCCAGGGCAUCCAAGGGUGUGGAGUACACCGAGGUGAAGCUGUGA